UCCGUAAACAGCAAGAAAGCUCACAAGCAAGCUCCUCCAAUGGCGGAUUCAAACUCUUCUCUCCUUUUUCUUAGCGAAAAGAUAUCACACAAAAGCUAUGUUUUGAGAAUUGUGGAUCUCACGAUUCUCGGCCUUCUUUUUUCUCUUCUCUUAUACCGAAUCUUACAUAUGAGCCAAAAUGAUAAUGUUUGGCUUGUGGCUUUCCUCUGUGAAUCUAUUUUCUCAUUCAUAUGGCUGAUUAUUACCUGCAUAAAAUGGAGCCCUGCUGAAGAUAAACCCUAUCCAAAUAGACUUGAUGAAAGGGUUCAUGACCUUCCUUCAGUAGAUAUGUUCGUUCCCACGGCAGAUCCCGUUAGGGAGCCGCCAAUUAUUGUUGUGAACACUGUGCUCUCGCUGUUAGCUCUGAAUUAUCCAGCGAAUAAACUAGCGUGUUAUGUAUCAGACGAUGGAUGUUCACCUCACACUUUCUUCUCACUUAGGGAAGCUUCUAAGUUCGCCCAAAUUUGGGUUCCCUUCUGCAAGAAAUACAACGUCAGAGUUAGAGCUCCUUUUAGAUAUUUCUUAAACCCUCUGGUCGUAACAGAUGAUUCAGUAUUCAUUAAAGACUGGGAAAUGACGAAGAGGGAGUAUGAGAAGCUAUGCAGAAAAAUUGAAAAUGCCACAGAAGAUCCCCAUUGUUUGGAUGCAGAUGAUGAUUUUGAGGCUUUCUCAAACACAAAACCAAAUGAUCAUUCAACUAUAGUUAAGGUGGUAUGGGAGAACAAGGCAGGCGUGGGAGACGAGAAAGAAGUCCCUCAUCUUGUAUACAUUUCAAGAGAGAAAAGACCCAAUUGCCUUCAUCAUUACAAAACUGGAGCCAUGAACUUUCUGUUAAGAGUGUCAGGGUUGAUGACAAAUGCACCAUACAUGUUGAACGUAGACUGUGACAUGUAUGCCAAUGAAGCAGAUGUGGUGCGACAAGCAAUGUGUGUGUUUUUACAAAACGCAAAGAAUUCAAACAAUUGCGCUUUCGUUCAAUUCCCUCAAGAGUUCUAUGAUUCUUACGCCAGCGAAUUCUCCGUCCUACAAUCGUAUUUAGGACGAGGAGUUGGGGGAAUCCAAGGACCGAUAUAUUGUGGCUCUGGAUGUUUCCAUAUUAGAAGAGUUAUGUACGGAUUAUCAACGGACGAUUUAAAAGACAAUGGAAGUCUUUCUUCACUUGCUACAAGUGAGUUUUUGGCUGAGGAAAGUCUAGUGAGGAAAUAUGGGACCUCUAAAGAGCUCCUGAAAUCGGUGACGGAUGCAUUACAAAGAAAAUCAAAUCCCCAAAGUAGCCUUACAAACUUCAUUGAAGCGGCUCAAGAAGUGGGGCAUUGUCACUACGAGUACAAUACCAGUUGGGGCAACCUUGGUUGGUUAUACGGUUCAGUGGGAGAUGAUAUAAAGACAAGUAUUGAAAUCCAUAUGAAAGGAUGGACUAGCUCAUUCAUUUCUCCGGAUCCACCUGCGUUUCUUGGAUCUACGCCAUCGGUAGGACUAGAGACGAUAGUCCAACAGCGACGGUGGGCUACAGGAGCGACUGAAGUCCUUUUUAGCAAACAAAGCCCGUUGAUCGGUUUUCGCCGGAAAAUAAUAUUCCGACAACGGUUAGCUUAUUUUUGGAUUCUCAUGUGUAUAAGGUCAACCCCUGAGCUCAUUUAUUGUCUCUUGCCUGCUUAUUGCCUACUCCACAACUCUACCCUAUUUCCCAAGGGACCUUGUCUAGGCAUAAUAGUGACACUUGUUGGGAUGCAUUGUCUCAACAGUCUAUGGCAAUUCAUGAAACUUGGUUUUUCGGUACAAUCAUGGUAUGUCUCCCAAUCACUUUGGAGAAUAAUAGCCACUAGCAGUUGGUUAUUUAGCAUUCAAGAUAUCAUACUCAAGCUUUUUGGAAUCUCGGAAGUAGGGUUUGUAAUCGCUAAAAAGACUAUGCCUGAUUCCAAAUCAGUAGAUGGGUCUAAACCAUCACAAGGAGAAGAUGAUGGGCCAAAAUCAGACUUAGGCAAAUUUGAAUUUGAUAGCUCGUGUCAUUUCAUUCCCGGCACAUUUAUUAUGUUGGUGAAUCUUGCCGCUCUAGCUGAGUUUUUGGUUCGUCUACUACAGUCGAGUUGUAGCCAUGGAGGAGAUGGGUCGGGUUUUGUGGAGGCUUGUGGAUGUAUUGUGGUGGUUAUGUUGUUCUUUCCAUUUCUGAAGGGUUUGUUUGAGCAUGGAAAAUACGGUAUCCCAUUGUCUACGCUUUUUAAAGCUGCCUUUUUAACACUUUUAUUUGUUGUUUUCUCGGUGGGAAACUAGUGUGGCGGCGAUAUGGUUUGUUUGUUGUGCAAGUUGCACAAUAGGUGGAAAUCCACUUAGAUCAUUGUUUAUCAAAGGUUUAUUAAUACUCUACACCAGUUCUGGAGUUUGGGUAUCAGGAAAUGCAGUUUUUACAGGUUAAUGGUACAAAUCUUAUCCGAGGUUCAAAUGUAUUGCAGAAAGAGCCAUCAAUAAAUCCACAAAACUUAGAAGUCAUUUAUGUUUUAGUAUCUAUAAUUUUAAUAUCUACGAAAUUGAAAAUAAAUAUUUUAUACUUUGUUCUAUGAAAAUUGUAAUACAUUUACCUGUGUUCUAAGAAUGUUAAAAGACAUAUUCUUAA